AAUUCAUUUAUUGUCUGUGUUUAAUUUGACUGAGUCGAUUAUAGAAUCUUCAUUUUCACUCUUAAAACGAUCACCAUAUUCAACGUCCAACCGGUAUUAGUUUUUCUCCAAUUCGCUUUUAACCUUGUGUAAAAAAUCACUAAGCUAAAGAAAUAAAACAAAAGUUGUUUCAAAUAAGAAUGAAGUGAAUAAAAUAUAUUACAUUGAUAUUAUUUCAAUAAAUUAUUUUUAAGACAGUGGUUGUACAGAAUAAAUAAAAAAACCAUUUGGUAUAUAGGCCAAAUAAUUUCAAAAUUUGAGUGCGUUGUUUUUGUGAUAAUAAAAUAAUAUUGGUUAUUAUUUAAGUACAAGAAAGCGACGAAGACGACGACAACGACAUACAAUAAGAAAAGUCGGCGAUCCCAAGAAACCGAGAUUGAAAUUCGGAGUGAAGAACGAACCACCAACCAUUUAGCCACUAAACAAGAAGUCUACCUCUAUACAACAUUGGCUGCUCACUUGGGCUUUAUGUCAGUGUAUUAGUUUUUUGGCCUUUUACGUGGCUGCUCCCAUCGUCAGAUGCUGUUUGUAGCACAAAUGCUCAAGACAAGUAGCUGCACAACGAACAGCUCAUUCGCUUAAACUUGUUAUUGUAGCGGCUGCUGGACGGCAAAAUUGGCUAAAAAAAUUGGCAAAAAUUGCACCAGCGAGAAGAACGAACAGUAGCCAAUAUUUUAAAUUACCAUCCAUUGGGAUUGUCGUUGUGAAAACCGGUAAAGUGUGUUUGUGUUAAAAAAAAAAGGAAUCGAAAAGUAACAUCCUUUUCCAGCCGUUACUACAAGUGUUAGUGUUCUAAACUCAAACCGAAAAAAGACAGAAUAGAUGUUGGUAAUGAUGACCAGUUCCAGUUGCAUCUCCUUCGAAAUUUGUGUAAAAUUUUAAUUUAUUCUCGUUUAUCAUUUGUGUCGCGCUGUUAUUUGCGUUGCCUGCCCGCACGGACCAGUUCAACUGGUUAUUCGUAUCUCGCAACUUGUAUUAAAGUCGUCUUCAGUGCUUGCUUCGCUUUUGUGUCAACUCCACAAAAAGCCAUUAUUUUACACAUCUUGGCCACACAUACCUUAACUUUGCUUAUUUAAUUUUGGGUUAUUAACUCGACAACGUCUGUGUGCUGUUUUGUUUUCUUGUUCGCGUUAUCAAUAAAUCAAGAAACAGCCGCCGUGGGAUAGCCAGCUUUCUUGGCUUGUUAACAAAUGAUUAAAGGCAAUUGCGUCAAAGUUCUCCAUGUACAAAGUUUUAUACAGAGUUGAUACCAGAACACAGAGGAUAAUCGAGAUCAGUUGCGAUGGCAUCACGUAAUGGUAAAAAGACAUCUGGUCUGAGAUUGCUUUGGAUACCAGGUGGUCGCAAAAGUCAUCCCAAGGGACGUUUCGAUUCAACGAAUAAGAAAAUCUCCUAUUCGACCAGGCAGAAAAAGAGCGAAGUUUGGUCGUUGGGUGGCAGUAAGACCCAGAAUGAAUUGCUGCGAGCAGAACCUGAUGUGUCACUAUUGGAUGGUCCUUCGACUUCAGGUAUUGCCACCAUAGCUUGUGCCACAGCUGCCGGAAGUGCUGCCGCUGCGGCUACAUCGGCUUUAAGCAAUACAGGCACCCGUAUAUCUCCGUCCAAUGCAGAAUGUUUAGCAGAUUCUACGGAAAAGGUCAAUUCACCUACAACACCUAAUAGUACUGCCUCAACAGCGCCAUUGCUUUCACCGCCAUUAUCGCCAUUAAUAACUACAGAUUUAGAUCACAUUGACUCUGAAACCGAAUCAUCCGAUAUGCCUGCCAAAUCUCAUCAACCUAUACCUGUUAUAGUAACUACAACUACAACUGCACAAAUAAUGGAUGAAAAUCGAUUCUCCAUAUUGGGCAAGGAUAUAACAACAAAUGAAUUCGAUAUAUACACGUUGCCAUCACCACCAAAAGAUGUGGGAAAUUCAGAAGAGAAUUUGAACAGUUCGUCUGGCACGACUGCUUCACAAAAAUCAACUUCCGGAUCUCCACAUAAAGAGUCAACAUCAGCAACAACAAAUGAAUCUCAUCAUAGUCAUCAAAACAAUGGUUCUGUAAAUAAUUCGCCAGUUAAGAAAAAACAUCAUCAUCGGAAUCAUAAUAAUAAUCAGGGCGAUGUUAAUUCUAUCGAAAGUAUUACAGAAGACACCGUAAGUGAGAAAAUUCCAUCGACAGACUUAGAUUGGGUCGAUAGAGCAAUACAGGACCGCAAUGAUCGGGAAAUUUUGGCAAAGCCAAAAAAGAAGAAGAAAAACAAAGGAUCUAAAAGCAAAGAACUUGAUCAGCUCGAUGGAGUGCCGAUGAAACAGAUUGAAGCUGGUGAAGCCGUCGAAGAAGAAGACGAGAAAGUGGUCAAAUGUCUGUACUAUACUCUCAUGUGUUGUGACUGUGCGAUUUCAUAAAAAGCUCUAAUGUGAUGCUGUACUUGCAGUUGGCGGAGAACUAACUUUAAAUAUUUAUUAUUUGCAAUGCAUUUACAAAAGCAAAGAAGAAGAAAAAAACCGCCCCAAUACAAUUAUUAAAUGCUUAGAUGCCCAAAUAGGACCCAAUAUCUAUUAUAUACAUAAAUAAUUAUUUUCCAUUGGAAAACAAGUGCGAAUGAAAUGACUGAAAACUUUUUAAAAGCCGCUUUUUUAUCUUAGAAAUGAAAUCAAAAUCAUGUAAAACUAUGGAAAAGAAAAAUGCAACUCGAAAAUAUGUUUAAUGCCAUAGUAUUAAACUUAUUGUGUAUACAUCCAAACUAUUCAAUUAUUGCAUUUCACUUUACAAAUGCAAGAAAAGUAUUCUAAAGGGGAAAACAAGCCCAAUUAACCACACCUGUAAACUAAUUCCACAUAAACUUAACGAAAACAAUAAUUCCUACUUAUUAGAAGCAAAUAUAUACAAAACAUACCUUAAGACGACAUAUGUAUACUUACAUAAUAACAUACCUUCAAUUCCGAGUGUAGUACACUUUGUUGGUCCGCCGCCCCAAAAACUACUACUUAAUAGUUUAUAGCACAAAAAAACACAAAAAAGACAGAAUAAAUGAAAUAACACAAUGACUAUUUAUAUCGAGAAUUUCGUCGAAUACAUCAUCUUUAUACAAAAAUUACAUAAAAUAACAUAUGGCAUAAUACUAGCUACACAUUUGUAUGUAAUGAUAUUUUUUGAUACUAAUCUCCCGAUUUAUAAGUGAAUAUCCAUCCAAUCGAUCGAUUUUAUACAAAAUAUGUAUUUAACUUUUCGUCCCAGAGAUGAAGUUAUCCUUAGUCAUUAAGACUUUUUUUGUACUUUAUAUUUUUAUACAAACACAUAUAGAAUUACAAUGAAGUUAUAUUAGAAUGAGGAAUGCAGCUAUAAGAAUCUAAUUAAAUAAAAGCAGGAAGACAAACUGACAAA